GCUACCUGAACCCAGCUUCUGCCAGGAUCAAACUCAGGUCGUGAGCAGAAAUUGGCCUGCAGUACUGCUGCUUACCACUCUGCCUCAUGGUUCUCAUGGUCUAGCUGUUCAUUCGUUGGCCCUAUCAGACAAGGAAUAAUCGGGAUGCCUAUUUGUAUCUUGGGUGCCCAUACAACUUUGAUGGCUUGUUGUACCCUCCAAGUAAGAAGAGCUUUACACAAUGUUGGCUUCAAAGUUCACCCCUUUGUAAAGGAAGCUCUGGACAAUGGGCGGCCCGUCGUUGCUUUGGAGAGCACCAUUAUUACCCACGGCAUGCCGUAUCCCCACAAUCUGAGCACGGCCAGAGAGGUAGAAGACAUGGUAAGAAGGAAUGGUGUUGUGCCAGCCACUAUAGGCAUUCUAAAUGGAUGUAUCCACGUGGGCCUCCAGAACGAUGAACUUGAGAUUCUGGCAAAGAGGAAAAAUGUAGUGAAGGCAUCUCGAAGAGACUUUCCCUAUGUUCUGAGUCAGGGCUUAUCUGGUGGUACUACUGUGGCAGGAACUAUGUUUGUGGCGCACAAAGCUGGCAUCCCUGUGUUUGUGACAGGAGGAAUUGGAGGGGUCCACCGUGGAGGAGAGAAGACUUUAGAUGUGAGUGCUGAUCUGACGGAGUUAGGCCGUACUCCUGUUGCUGUGAUUUCUGCGGGUGUCAAGUCUAUACUGGAUAUUGGUAGGACACUGGAAUAUUUGGAAACACAAGGUGUCUGCGUGGCCACUCUUGGAGACUCUAAAGAGUUCCCAGCCUUCUUUGCCCGUCAAAGUGGCUUCCAGGCACCCUAUCAGGUACAAAGCGAGGAGGAUGCCGCUAAACUGAUUGCCAGGGCAUUGACCUUGCCGCUGGGCAGUGGAGUGCUGAUCGCCGUGCCCUGCCCAGAGGAACAGGCCGCUUCAGGGCAGCUAAUUGAGGAAGCCAUCCAGCAGGCUUUGAGGGAGUCUAGAGAAAGAAGGAUCACAGGAAAGGAGCUCACACCCUUCUUGCUGCAGAGGGUGAACGAACUGUCUAGUGGAAAGUCCUUGAAUUCUAACAUCGCUUUGAUCAAGAACAAUGCCAGUGUGGGCAGCCGAAUAGCCGUGGCCCUGAAUAAGAUCCAGAAGGCCCAAUGGAGGGGAGAUGGCCUAUCUCAGAGUGACAAAGCACUUCCUGCUCCAAGACCAGUGGUGAUUGGUGGCAUCAAUGUUGAUUUCAUAGCCAAGGCGAAAGGUUCAGCUAUAGUGGAUGGAGGACAGACAAACCCAUCAACUGUGAGACAAUCUUUUGGCGGAGUGGGGAGAAACUUGGCAGAUUGCUUAAGUCGCCUUGGGAAGGCUCCUGUCUUCAUCUCGGCAAUGGGGAAGGAUGAACAUUCCGAGUCUGUCCUGCGAUACUGCAGGCAUAUGGAUAUGAGAGGAGUCUAUCAGCUGGAUGGACACAACACAGCCACUUAUUGUGCGGUAAUCACAGGCAGCGGAGAGCUCAAACUUGGCUUGGGAGACAUGGAGAUUCACCAGCAGAUAACAGAGCAACGUGUGUCUAGAUUCAAGGGGAGUCUCUGCCUGGCCCCACUGGUGUGUAUUGAUGGGAACGUACCAGUUUCCACCAUUCAGUAUGUCUGUCAGUUUGCCAAAGAACACCAUUUAGCAGUGUAUUAUGAGCCAACAGAUGUGGACAAGGCGUCUAAGCCGUUCUUUUCAGACAGCUGGAGAGCCCUGGCAUGUGUCUCUCCUAAUCUACGGGAACUCAGAGCAAUCAGUCGGACCCUGGGAUAUCCUGUACCAGCAGAUCUGCCCUCCAAGCCGGAAGAUGUUAUUGAGACUGCCUUGGCCCUUGUCCUCCCUUUACUAAGAGAGUUGCACUGUGUGGUGGUAACACUCGGUCAACAUGGCGUCCUAGUUUGUGGCCAGAGCAUGGACGGGAGUGUCUCUCUUCAUCCUGGAGCUUGCAGCAAGACCACUGCAAGCGAGCUGUGUGCCACUCACUACCCACCGAUCCCAGUCCCUGUGGAGGAGAUAGUGAACGUCUCUGGAGCAGGUGACAGUUUAAUGGCCGGAAUAAUUGCUGGGCUGCUUGCUGGUGAGGGCACCAAUGUCUGUGUCCGAAUGGGCCUCUUAGCCGCCAGCCUCUCCCUCUGUUCUUACGAGCCUAUUUCUCCAGCGAUCAAUGGCACCAGUGUGAGUGUGGAACAGGUCCAGGCUCUGAGGUGGCCGGGAACAAAGACAUGGAAGCUGUCUUAGGCCUUCUGAUUGAGGACUCCCACUUCUGUGGCACUUGGAAAAGGUGGAUUCUUUUAUCCAACAUGGGCCUCUUUUUGCAGUUCAACACGGUGGGGUCUGUGAUCAUAGCAAAGGAAACAGCUGACUUAUCUUCUUUUCCUUCCCUUCUUCUGUGGACUCUGCACUAUGUGCCUCCAUGUGUAUAUGGCAAUACUACACUAAAAGAAAACCUAAAUUCUGCAUGAAGGCUGCAUCCACACAUCAAUUAACAAUCUUGUCGACAAAGGAAAAUCCUGUUGCAAGUGCUUGUUAUAUUGCAAUGUUAAAUACAAUAUCCAGCCGUGUCCCAAGGCUAAAAUGGGUAGCUGUAUUAGUCUGUUGCAGCAAACAUAGCAGGGAGCCUUGUGGCAUUUUUAAAAUAAUCAGAUUUUUUUUUUUAGUCUAAGUUUUCACUUUGACCUUUUCCAAAUGGAUUAUUUGCUCUAGGAUCAAUGCUGUUGGGACGUAGGUCUUUUCCUCCACAUUUUCACAGCCUCGUGAUGUAUCCAUGGACCUCCCAGGUUUUCCAUGACUUUUCUCCAAUCUUUCCCAAACCUGCUUCACGGUGAAAUUUUGGAAGGAUCACAGUAAAGUCUAGAUGGCUGCCACACGGGCAGGAAAAUCGAGAUUAUUCUGGUCCCUCCCACGUGGCAACCAUUUCCCUUUCCCCAGUCCUUGCAGCAGCCGCUGAGGGGCUUCUUCAAAAAUGGUAAUUGACCAUAACAAGCAAAACUAUAUUGCUAUAUCAGUUACUGGUUUAAAAAUCCUCCAAAAAGCCAUUUGCUGGCAUGGAGGGACUGGGGCAGGGAAAAUGUGGAGAGGCCCUCCCCUUUCCCUCCUUUCUUUGCCGGCCGGCCGGCAACAAUAUUCCCUUAAUUUUUUUUUAAAACCGGGCGCCAUUCGCGUAGUCGCACGUUUGUGCACAUCGAACUGCGCAAAUGUGCACAAACGCACAAAAGUGCACAAAAGUCAAUGCUGCAUAUUCGCAUACCUGUACGUUUGCGCAUUUGCGCAAAACACGUAAAAAAAAAUUUAAAAACCCGAAAUGCGAACCAAUGAAGGCCCCUGACGUCAACUGUGACGGAGAGGAAACAACCAAUCCCGGGUACCUCAGUUGGCCGUGCGAACAUCCGGAAGCGGCACGGCACGGCACGCUGCGAGACAAAGCGGAUGGAGACGAAAGUGAACGCGUGGCCGGUAAGCGAUUAUUUCCGCAGUAAAACAGCAAUUUCUGGCCAUUGGCAGCCACAGAAACAAUGGCGCUUCCGAAGGAAACCACUACCAUGUGGAACAGCCUUUGGCCAGAUGCAUAUCAUGGAUUUUCAGUCAGCAGAAUGUAUAUAUAGUAUAUUAUAUACACACCUGGGUGGGGGAAAUUGUGAUUAGCGGGUUGAAGGCUCUCACUCUCCUGGCUUUCCGCAAAUGAUGCAAAACCCAAUUAUUCAAGAGAGCUUGUUAUUCUGGAGGGCUGUAUGGAAAGGAAGUGGUCCCAAAGAGAUGUAUAAGUAAAGGGAUGGGGACUAUAGACUUUACUUCUAUGUACUGUCUGUUGUUAUAAGUACGAUCCUACAGGAUAGUUUAUAUGUUGUUUAAUAUGGCUGAUUCCGCACACAUUGGAUAAUGCACUUUCAAUGCACUUUAUCAAUCGUUUGAGGUGGAUUUUUUGUUCCGUACAUGAAAAAAUCCAUUCCAAAUGAUCUAGAAUGAUUGGAAGUGCAUUAUCCAACGUGUGCGGAAUCAGCCCAUGUCAGAAUUGUUUAUGCUCUGUUAGCAUUUCUUCAACUCUGUAGUAAAUUCCAGCUAGUUUUAAAGCUUUGCAAAUUUGCGUUUAUAUACCCAAUGACAUUGUUUAUUGAAAUGACUUGGAAAUUUAUACUGACUCACACUGUGUAAGCUACCUUGAGUCUCAAUGAGAACAAUGGAUUAUAAAUAACAUAAAUAAAUAUAAUAAUAAUAAAAUAAAUAAAAGGCCAUGAAAUUC